AUGGCGGGCCACCGGCCAGGAUGCACAUCAGCGUCCACGUUGAGGUCUCCAAUCCCGUGUGCCCUGACUUUGCGCUCAACUUCGAGUGCUCGGCUUGGCCCAAGGAGAUGGACGUGGAGAUCGUCUUCCCCGUCCGGCGCACUGGGCAAACGCCGGAGCUCCUCCACCACCGCUGCUCCCUACUGCCCGUGCUCGCAUCACCAUCGAGCAGUAGCUCCCGACAUCGACGUCGCCAUGAAGGCCGCCGCCACUGCCGCCGUGCAGUGCGAGGCCAAGCCCGACCCGGAGCUGGUGCACCCAGAGCUCGUGCUAAAGUCCGACAUGGUGUACAGCGAGCAGGCCGCUGGAGCUCCCCUGCUUCCCAACCAUGCACAAGAGGUGUUUGUUGAAAUGCCAAAUAGAGAGAGGAGGACGAGGUUGAUGCUGACGUGUGGGUCCCACCUGUCAUAA